AUGUUGCUUUUAUCGCUUAAAUUGCCUUGUUUAUACACCAUUUACACUUCUGCAAAGAAAAUUUGGAAAGCUUUACAAACUGAGUAUGAUAUUGAAAAGGCAGGAGCAAAAAAAUAUGCAGCUAGCCAAUUUUUUCGCUUCCAAAUGGAGGUUGAAAAAUCAAUUGUGGAGCAAGCACAAGAUUUCCAAAUGAUAGUUGUAGAAGUAAGAUCUGAAAACAUCAAGAUUGGUGACAACUUGGUAGUUGUAGGACUUGUUGACAAGUUACUGCCAUCUUGGAGAGAAUUCCAAAAGAACGUGCGUCACAAACAAAAAGAGACUUCCUUAGAGUCGUUGAUCACUCGCAUCCGAGUUGAAGAGGAGGCUAGAGACCAAGAUGCAUUGAUAACACAAGAGGAUAAUGACAAUUCUACUACAAAGGCAGAUUCUGGUGCUAAUAGACAUGUUUGUUAUGAUAAAGUUUGGUUCAAGAUGUAUACUCCCUUUGAUGAUGAGAAAACAAUUAUGCUUGAUGACUCUAGUCAAACCAAGAAACUUGGGAGUGGUGAAGUUGAUCUUAAGUUCACCUCUGGAUGUAUGCUUACUUUAAAAGAUGUGCUUUAUACACUGUUCAUGAGGAAGAAUUUGAUGUCAAGUUAUUUAUUGAAUAAGGCUGGCUUUACGCAAACUAUGAAAUCUGAUCAACAUGUGAUUACCAAGAAGGGUAUUUUUGUGGGUAAUGGUUAUGCUUGUGAUGGGAUGUUCAAACUAAAUGUUGAUAUUAAUAAACCAUCUAUCAAUUCGGUGCUCCCUUAA